AUGCAUAAGACGCAACAAGGAACUAAUCAAGACCCGUUAUUGGUCAGUAUACCUAAUUAUAAUAAAUCAAAUUUGAAGCGAUCAUCAUCAAAUGUGGGCCUUAUUGUGGGUGGUUUUGCAAUCGUAUCGGUUAUUGGCAUUGUCAUUUUAUUACUGUUGCUUUCACUACCAAUAAUUGCGCUCGUUAUUGGUCUUCAUUAUCGUGAUCCGCGUUAUUGUCCCAUUGAACCUCGUAUUAGUCUUUUUCUUAUUGUUCAUGGAAGUGUUUCAAUUGGAUGUUUAAUUGGUAAUAUUCUUUUUGGUGUGAUUGUUUUACUUUUCAUUCGUCGCGAUUCAUCACUUGCUGUUACUCUCAACUUCAAUUCAAGUAUAUUCACCUAUACUCAUGUAAUUUUUGUAUGGGUUUGGCUUAUUAUUGGAGGCGUCUGGACCUUUAGCCUAUCGGAUGCUGUUGUCGAUGUUUUACUCUUUGUUGCCGCUCGCAGAAAUAAACUCGAACAUUUUAUAUUUCACUAA